AUGGGAGCAGGUAAAGGCAGUUCCCAUAUAGGCUACAGGAUUGACGAGGAGCUGCUGGGGGAUGGUCACAGCUACAGCCCCAAGGCCAUCCACUCCUGGCUGACAAGAGUCAUGUACAACCGGAGGUCCAAGAUCAAUCCUCUCUGGAACACCGUGGUCAUUGGAGGCUUCUACAACGGGGAGAGCUUCCUGGGGUACGUGGACAUGCUCGGCGUGGCCUUCGAGUCCUCGACGCUGGCGACGGGUUAUGGAGCCUACCUGGCCCAGCCGCUGAUGAGGGAGGUGCUGGAGAAGAAGCCCAGCCUGACGCAGGGGGAGGCGCGGGAGCUGAUCGAGCGCUGCAUGAGGAUUUUGUACUACAGGGACGCGCGGUCGUUCAACAGGUAUGAAGUCGCUAUUGCGACAGAGAAGGGCGUGGAGGUGGAGGGACCCCUGACGCUGGAGGCCAACUGGGACAUCGCGCACCUGGUCAGGUGA